CCUCAGACAACACCUCGGUCCUCUAGAGAAUGGACGUGCUAAUACACACGCUCUCUACGCAAACAUGAUUGAUCCCUCGAUCCGCCUUCGGCGCGCAAUCCACAUAAACGACCACCUCCUCGUCAAGCGCAUCCUCCGCUCUCACCCUUAUCUCCUCCACAACCCCGAUCAUUCCAUCUGCGGGAAUGCGAACUCGAACCUCCACCUAGCCGCUUCUCUCGGCCAUCUCUCCAUCUGCAAGAUCCUUGUCGAACUCGGUCACGAAGAGGGCACCCCCGCACUAAACGAUGAACACCAAACCGCACUCAUGCUAGCAGCCUCGGCCGGUCAUACCGAAAUCGUCCACUUCCUGUGCGAAAACGACCCGCAGUCCAUCUUGCGUCAGGAUAUUCGCGGCCGCGAUGCCGUCAUGGAGGCUAGUCUGAACGGCCACGAUACCGUUGUGCAGAUCCUGCUUACUUGGGCUCCCGGCGGAGCUCCUGCUGCGCUGGCGCAAGCAGACCUGGAUGGAAACACGGCGCUGCACUUUGCUAGCGGCAAUGGGAACCUUUUGGUACUGAGGACGCUCUUGGCCGCUGGGGCGGAUCCGGGCAGAAAGAACGUCUGGAGCUGGACGCCUGGCGAGUACAGCGCUACUGUUCAGGCAGAGGUCUAUUUGAAGGGAUUGGUCAAUGAGGUGCAAAAGAGGAAGACUGCAAAACGAGAGGCGGAGGAAACCCAGUCGGCACCACCACCGCUGUCCAAGAAGGAUAGGAUGAAGGGGGCAUUUGUGAAACUGGUUGGGAGAGAUGUGGAUGUGGGCGAUUGACGCCAACAUAUUUCAAUAUUUGGUCGCCCCUAGUGCUGGACGCUUUUCCAGAUUCGAGAGAGUUGGGAGAAGAUGAAGCAUGUCACCACAUGGGGCAUGCCAAGGGAGAGCGCAUAUCUGUGUGUCACCGAACAUUGAUGGAGGAAGCCAGCGAUUCGAAGCAGCUAGAUCAAAGAGCGAGGAGCCUCCUCUCCACACCGCUCACAGGCUACAGAAUGUGAGUAGAUACAAGACUUGUUAUUGGAUUCC